ACGUCUGUGUGGUCCAAAACUAAUCCGUUUACUUUUACCAUAAACCGAAGGACUUUUGCCAUAAAUGAACUUUCCAAAACAGAAAACGACAGGCUUUUAUAUUUUGGACUGAAUGAUUCAAUUUUGCAUUGUGAAAGAGGCGGAAGUACUGUACUACUGUUGAAAUCCUGGCAGAAAUCGUGCAAUAUUGUAAUUUUCAUUCGCAAAUAUAUGCAUCAAGCGAUUUUAGUUAAGCGUUUAAAUACAAGAAUUAAGAAGGAAUUUUGUUCCCAUAUAUAAAUGUAACGUUCAGUGGCGUGGGGUGAGCGAUUUGCUCGAGAUCGGGCAGUUGUACGUAAUUGAAGAUUCACAUUUGUAACCAUUAUGGGUGCAGUUCCAGUAUUGACUGAAUGUAUAGAGCACAACCAGAUAAGUUAAAAUCUGAUAACAAUUACGGAUGGGAUGUAUGUGGUGUCGAUUUACGGUUUUAAAGCAGGUGUAUUCAAACAUGACUGAAUCGCUUGGGCAAGGUCUGUUUGUUUGUGAGAUAAGUGACUGGUCAUUUAAUGACUUUGACAGUUCAAUCGAGAUAUACUCCAAGGCCGACAAAUCAAACCUGUGUUUGGAAGUACGCAACUAGGUGCGAUUUCCACUGAGAAGACGAUGUGACCGGACUACGGAGUCCUAGGUUUUGCGGCAGUGUUCGCGAUUUACGACACUUGGUGUUCUCUUGGUGGCAUAUGUAGGUUAGAAAACGGCUCCAGUUUCCAAGGAGAUAGAAAGGAGAAAGCAGGAGUCCCUGGAGGGGGAUGUGAAGAAAUAGAAAAAAGGGAAGUAUGAGUAACAAGCUGGAUGAGAGGAUGGUGAGUUCUCCAGUGAGGUUGGACAAUGGAAAGUUUGGGAAAAGAAAGUUCCUUUUGCAGUUCUAGGCCCUUCAAAUGGCUUAACUCAGAGAAUGAGGCCCCCUCCAGGCUCUGGAAUCUCUCCAAUUGCUUCUCUUCCUUCGAACAAACCAACCCCCUCAAAGAUAAACAGAAAGUUUACAUGGAAAACAGGAAGCCUGUACUGGAGCUGAAGGACGUGCCCCCUCCUCCACAUCACAAUUCCUCCAAAGCCUUCCACGCGGCUUCCCUUCCUCCACCCCGUCCCUGCCUUCCGCCGCAGGAAUCCCUGCAGCAGCAGCCGACCGGUGGCCCCAAAGUAAGCACGUGCAGCCACUGCGACAGUGGGCUGCGGCUGGGGUCCGACAUACGGCACUCUGGCGGGGCACUGGGGUGUGUCGGUGUUGGAGGUGGUGGCGGUGUAGGGGGGCCCUCUCACCUCAUUGCCAAAGCUGAAGAUGCUGGUGCCGGGAUGAGCUGCCCCGUGGGACCCCCCCUGCGGCACCCUUACCCCAGCGUGGCUGAGGCCUAUACCCAGGCCCACCCCCCGGAGGGCUGCGAGCUGCCGCUGCCUUUGGUGGCCACCUCGCAGCCCCUGGCAUCCCACCAACACCUGCCAUGCUGCACGGGGCUGCUGCAGCCCCUGCAUCCUUACUCCACCUUUCCUCUGGGCUGUGGCCAGCCCAAGCUCCUCCCCCCUGCUCCCGCUGUCUCCGCACCCUUGCAUGGGAGCUGUGUGGCCUCCUCCGGGUAUUACGUGGAGUGUGGCCUUGGAACUAGAGGGGACCAGCACUUCCCGACACAUGGUGAUGUCUCCACCUCAACGCACCUUUGCACCAAUCCUUUGCACCUAAAUGUCGAGCACACAAUUUGUCUGAAGGGCGCUCACUACUGCAGUGAAUGUCUGUCCAAGUCAGCCAUGAGUGUAGCUAAAGACACAAAAAAAACAUGGCCCCACGUCCCCCCUCCACCUGCCAAGUCUGCCCCCAUACCUGUUCCUAUGUGCAAUGGCUGUGGUGUCACUGGGACCUCUGCUGAUAGCUUUUUGCUGGUGGGAACGAGCCUUGGCAAAAGCGGUCAGAGACAUGGCUCCCCAGAGAGUGGACUGCAGGAGAAUCUCCCACCCGUGGGCGUCUUCUGGGACAUCGAGAACUGCUCGGUGCCCAGCGGCCGCUCUGCCGUGGCUGUGGUGCAGAGGAUCCGCAACUGCUUUUUUCUGGGUCACCGCGAGGCUGAGUUUAUCUGCGUCUGCGACAUCAGCAAGGAGAGCAAAGAGGUCAUUCAGGAGCUGAACAACUGCCAGGUGACGGUGGCUCACAUCAACGCCACAGCCAAGAACGCGGCGGAUGACAAGCUGAGGCAGAGCCUGCGGCGCUUCGCUGAUACGCACACGGCUCCGGCCACCGUGGUCCUCGUCUCCUCCGAUGUGAACUUCGGCAGUGAACUGAGCGACCUGCGGCACAGGCAUGGCUUUCGCGUGAUCCUAGUGCACAAGAACCAGGCAUCUGAAGCUCUCCUGCAGCAUGCGCACCAACAUGUGGCCUUCGAAGACCUGGUGGCCGACUUGCCCUCGCGAGUGCCGCUGAAACCCCAGCCCUGUUUCACCCUGCUGUACGUGUCCAACCUGCCCACCAACCGUGAUGGGAAGAGCCUGGCCAACAGGCUGCGGCGCCUGUCCGAUAACUGCGGCGGCAAGGUGCUGAGCAUCUCGGCCGGCUGCGCAGUGCUGCGCUUCGGCAGCCGGGAGGCGGCGGAGCGCGCCAGCAAGCGCAUGGAGAACGAGGAUGUCUUCGGCAGCCGCAUCAGCGUGUCGCUCUGCCCCCGCGCCGAGGAGGCCUCCGGGCCUCUUCCCGCCGUCUUCGUCCCCGUAGAGAAGCCACGCUCACCCAGGCGGCUGGGCCGCAUCGCCCGGCUGUGCCAGGGCCCCCCCGAGCUCAGCGGUGCCUCCAGGAAGGUGGGGGGUGCACCUGGAGGCCCUGUGGGACGGAGCCUUCAGGAUCUGUGCAGAACUGAGCCCAAACCCAAAGUUUUCCAACUGGAGAAAAAGAUCCGUGGCGAUUCGGUCUCCCCUCUGAAUAACGACAUCCCAAUCCAGCUUUCAUCAAAAUCGGACAGUGUGGGAGAGCGAGGCCGCCGGAGACACAGCAUGUGUGACUCUCCAGUGGACCGCAGUGGUGCAGAGUUCCAGGUCAGCACACCCUCGGCCUUCAGCAAGCUCAGUCUGCAGAAAACCUUCAGCCCUCUUAUCCUGUCCCAAGGCUCUUGGUCCUCCAGGAGCGCGUCCCCCUGCCUGUCCAGCCGCUCCUCCCCCCUGACGGUGCCAUCCUGCAGCCCCCACCCAGAUGCCUCCCCGGAGCCCUUUUCUGAUGGCGUGGACAUCCUGGUGGCCAACAUGGACUACAGGAUGUCCCGGAAGGAGCUGCAGCAGACCCUGCACAGCACCUUCUCCAAAUACGGCCGGGUGCGGAGUGUGGAGCUGAGCCCUCACACAGACUACCAGCUGAGGGCCACCGUGCAGAUGCGCUCCCUGCAGCAAGCGGUCACUGCCGUCAGCAACCUGCACCGUCACAAGAUCGGCACCAAGCGCGUGCACGUCUCCCUCCUCACCGGGACCAGCAGUAGGUCCCUGGCACCGCUCAGCUCAGAAAUAAUCAGCAUUCUCCACGACUCGCCAGCAUGCUGUCUGCCCCUCUUCAAACUGACUGAGAUCUACGAGAAAAAGUUCAGCCGUAAGCUGGCGGUGAGCGACCUGUACAAGCUGAACGAGGUGCUGGCGGUGAGGGACCAGGGUGGUUCUCGGUUGGUCUGCCUUCUCCCCAGUGGCCAGGCCCGCCAGAGCCCCCUGGGCUCAUCGCAGUCCCACGAUGGGUCUUCAGCCAGUGGCAGCCCUGUGGUGUUUGAGGAGCUCGAGUACCAUGAGCCCGUGUGCAGGCAGCACCACUCUCAGCGCGUCUUCAGCGAGUCUGACUUCGACCCGGAUUCCUACAAGAUCCCGUUGGUGAUGCUGCCCCUCAAGCCGUUUGCUGCCCAGGUGCACAGCCUGCUGCAGACACACGAGGGCACGGUGCCAUUGCUCAGCUUCCCAGAGUGUUACGCAGCAGAGUUUUGCCCAAUAGCAUUGGGUGAAGGAGAGCUGGAGGGAGGCAUUCCUCUGGAGCACCUGAUCACCUGUAUCCCUGGUGUCAACAUUGUCACAGCACAGAAUGGCUUCAAGGUCGUCAAGUGGAUCCACAACAAACCGCCCCCUCCUAAUGCAGACCCCUGGGUACAGCGCUGUAAGAGUCCUGUGGGGAACCCGCAGCUGAUCCAGUUCAGCCGGGAGGUGGUCGACCUCAUAAAGAACCAGCCCCACUGCAUCAUGCCUGUCAGCAAGUUCAUUCCCUCCUACCACCACCAUUUUGGCAAGCAGUGUCGCGUCUCUGACUAUGGUUACUCCAAGCUGCUGGAGCUUCUGGAGGCCGUUCCCCACGUGCUGCAGAUCCUUGGCAUGGGUUCCAAACGGCUACUCACCUUGACUCACCGCGCACAGGUCAAGCGCUUCACGCAGGAUUUGCUCAAGCUGCUCAAGUUUCAAGUCAGCAAGCAAGUAGUCAUCCGGGACUUCAUGCAAGCCUACCACUGGUGUUUCUCUAGAGACUGGAGUGUGGUUGAGUAUGGCAUGUGUGACCUGAUGGACCUGCUGUCUGAAAUACCCGAUACAACGAUAACAAUCACCCUGCAAGACACAGACACCAUCAUCUCCAUUCCCAAGAGAGAGAGGACCCCAGAAGAGGUGGAGCGGACCAAACAAUUUGCCAAGGAGGUGGUGGACCUUCUCCGGCACCAGCCACACUGCCGCAUGCCCUUCAGCAAGUUCAUCCCCUCAUACCACCAUCACUUUGGCCGCCAGUGCAAGCUCUCCUACUACGGCUUUACCAAGCUCAUUGAGCUCUUUGAGGCUAUUCCUGAUGUGCUUCUGGUGCUCGAGUGUGGGGGAGAGAAGAUCCUGAGUCUGACGGAGAUGGAGAAGCUGAAGGCUCUGGCAGCUCAGUUUGUGAAGCUCCUGCGCUCUCAGAAGGACAGCAGGCUCCCCUUGACUGAGCUCCUGACAGAGUACAGCAAGACCUUCGGCUAUGGGCUCAAGCUGCAGGAUUUCGACGUCAGCUCUGUUCCAGGGCUUCUGCAGAAACUCUGCCACGUGGUCAAGGUGGUCGACGGAGUCCGAGGGCGAGAGGUGCAACUGAUCAGCCGGAAGUCCCUGCGCUCGCUGACCACCCAGCUCCUGUCCCUGCUGAUGUCCCUGCCGGCAGAGCAGGACUCUCUCGCAGUGGAGGAGCUGAGUCGACAAUAUGAGGCCACGCAUGGCACACCCCUCAACCCCUGCGAGUACGGCUUCAUCUCUCUUGGCGAGCUACUCAAGAGUCUACCCUACCUAGUUGAGCUCUUUGAGGGUGAGGAUGGUGCCUCUAAGGAGUGGGUCGGGCUGACGCCGCUCUACCAGUUCGCCCGCAGUGUCCGCGCUCUGCUGCACACCUACCAUUACAACCAGAUCUUCUUGACAGAGUUCCUGGGGGCCUUUGGCAAGUUCACGGGCAAAGGGCUGCUCCCAGAUUCAUAUGGCUACAGCACGGUGGACGAGCUUCUAGGUGCCAUUCCGCAGGUAGUCUGGAUUAAAGGCCACGGGCAUAAGAAGAUUAUCGUUCUCAAGAAUGACAUGAAAGUGCGCUCCAGCCCGAUCACCACGGAGAGCUCACAGAAAGAGGGAGGGGGCAGUGCUAGGAAUCCUGAAUCACAGAGCUCCGCCUCCAAUACUGUGGAGAAGGAGCUGCUCUGUCUGAGCUUGGGGUCACCGGUGGACCUCCUCUGUGGGCCGGUCCCCUCCUGUCUGCCCUCCCCACAGCUUCACCCUGACCCAGUUCUGCUGCAGCAGACAGACCUGAUCCGAUUCGAGGAGCAGCCUUCGUUGAACCUCGUGAACGUGGAGAAGCCAGACCUCAACCCAGCUGCACCACAUGUAUGCGAAAGUCCCACAGUGGUGCAGGAAGACCAGCCCCCGAAGCCAGGGGCAGCCUCUCCGGGGUCCAAGCCCCGCGGCCCGAAGCCCUGCAUGUCCGAAAGCCCCAAGCGGGCGUCUCGCAACAAAGUCAAGCUGGCGGCGAACUUUUCUGUCACGCCCGUCACUCGCCUCUGAGGUGCCCGCGUCUGUCUCUGCUGACCCGCCCCUCCCUUCCCCAGCACACCCACUGCCCAUGUCCGCACUUUAUCAUCCCGCCACGGCUGACUCUGCUCUGCCAGCGAUAUGCUGCUGUUCUUUAUUUCAUUGCUCCUAUGUGGCCAUAUUUCAUAUCCUCUCUUUCACCUUGUUUUGUUUUGUGGGACUCCCGUGUAAUGAAUGUAAGUUCUGGUUAAUGGUCCCCAGCUACGUACGCAAUGUGAAUCUGUUCGAUGAUUGACUGUGAGACGUCAGUAGAAAGUCUGCUUUUCUGAGUUGAGAAGUCGGUAAACUAGCGCUGUGAGUCUGAUACCGAUGGGUGAGUUGAAACUGGAAGGAGGAAGGUGUUGUGGAUGUGUCCAGGAGGGGGCAGAGGUAUUUGUGUUUUCAGAGCUGAUUUGUGUCCCCUGCACAGCUCCCAACUUAGCCAGUCGAUAAGUUGAAACAUUAUUGAAAACCUGAAAUGUUCUCUUUAAAACUUAGUUCAAAAUUGCAUUCACUGAUGAAUUUUAGAGCUACACUGAAUCUGAGUGGGCUGGGCCACAGAGGUGGGGGAGGAUAGGCAGGGUCGCUGAAUUAAAAAUCCCCUUAACUUUUUCGGUUACAGAGGGGAAGCCAGUGACUGUUCUGCAUUUGUUGCCUCCUUCCCUGACUGGUUUUAUAUAGUUAAUUGACUUGAAUCCACUCUGAGAGAUUUUGGAAGUCAGAAGGGAGUGCUUAUGUAAGCAUGUAUCAUGUGCAAACAGUAAGGCUUGAGCGGCAUCCAUGGCAUCUGUUUCUGUGCGUGUGAAGUGAUCACUGCGGCUGGCUCUGCUCCGACAUAUGGGAUCACGUGGAGGCACCGUGUGUUCACGCCCGAGCUCUUGCCGAGGCUGACGCCUGUGACCAGCCACUUUACACGGGAAAAGUGCAGGAAAAGUGACGCCUCUCGAGGGAUCUGGCAUGGCGGCCCUUUCGUUGCCGUCAAGUGAGCCGUCUCCAUUCGCUUGGAUGGUGGUUUACAUUUCAGCGGGUGCUGUGAAAUAUGCAUGCAAUGCAUAAAUCACUGUGUGGUCAGGAAAAUGGAAAGCCCGCUACUGAAACGGUCAAUGCAGUGUGGGGAAACCGGGUUUUAAGUGUCCAGUCAUUUCCACUGCCUUAAAAGCUGGCCUGAGGUUGUUCUAUACAUCUCCUUUAUAGUUCCUGUGGAAAUGUCAAGGUUGUUUUCGUUAACCUUGUUCCUUUUGCUUUUUCCUUUUUUAAAUGGUACAAAAUAAUCAAGAGCCUAUGUUUGUGUUGACACGUGGCUUGUUUGUGGGGAAGCUGAAGCCUUGCUUUAUUUUUAAUAAGUGUUUUUAGUGCUGCAAUCCUGAGUGGAGCGGAGGUUUAAUUGCUCGGCAGUGAAACUGCACAGGGGCCUCGGUGCCCCUGGAAGCAGAGAAAGAGGUACAGAGACCCUCCCCCUGACACCAGGAGGAUCUCUGGACUAGAACCUGGCUUUUACAAUGGCUUGUAUCAGCCAUGGCACAUGAGAGCAACAGGAGUAUUUCUCCACCUGGUGUCCAAUGAAUUUUACUUGAGGGUAGUCUUGUUUCGUCUAGGUUAGUUUUCACAGAGCUGGUUGUGGGUCCUAUGUUGGAGCGUGCCUUCAAACGUUUAUGGUGAUCACCUAGAGCCACUGUCUGAGGUGCUGCAGUCGUACUCGCACAGGCCCGUGUGGUGGAUCUCCCUCCUCUUCCUCCUCCAGGUCUCCUUGGUCUUGGUUGUAGUCUUAGCCUUGCUGUGGCUCCUCUGUAGUGGUGUUGAUGCCGCAUUUCACGGUGUGGCUCUGGAUGUCUAUGGUCUGCUGUGUGUGUGCGCGCGCUUCGAUGCUCGCCAGUAAUUGAACUCUGAGCUUUAGGCAGAAAAUCACAUGAGAAUGAGAUGAUUUCAGAUGGGUAUGUAAGAAAAAGACUUAUAAGUGUCAGUAGUGUCUUUCUUUUGAUAAUCAGUUCAGAGCCAGAAAACCUUCAGCCUACCUCAGACUGCCCAUAUUUUGGGGAAAACCCCCUGAAAUUCUGAUUUAUUGCAGUUCCAACUUACUCACAGCUUUUUUUUUUUACCUUUACUGCCAAUGGUCUGGAUAUGCACAAUUGCAUAAUUUUUGGUUGGUAUAUUUCCUGCCUUGUUUUUAGUAGCAGAAAGUCAUUUGUCUAAUGAUCCAGGAUGCCUCUCCUGAAAUGAGCUUGUGUGUGUGUGUGUGUGUGUGUGUGUGUGUGUGUGUGUGCGCUCCCAGUUUUCUGGUGGGCCUGCGUAUGUCACCAACCUGUGCUGGGGGAUGGGGUGCAUGUCAAGCUGCCCCCCCCCCCCAAUAGUCUCUGGAAGCCCUACCACAGUGUUGUGUUGCCUGUUUUCCUGUAUCCCUCGCUUCCCUGUCCUACACAUUUCCUGAUUUAGCCCAUCUCCCUCCCCUCCCCACACACACACAUACCCAAUCCCAUCAUAGUAUUUUUGUGAAGGGACCAAAUGAUUUGUCAAUAAAUCUUUCACAAGCAUAA